AUGACGGAAAAUACGACAAUGUCUGUUUUCAAUAUUUCAUUGACUCCAACGAGUUUGCCUCCUGCUUUAGUUGAAGCAGAUAAUACUGAACAACUGAGGAUCACUCGUUUGGUUGUCCAGAAUAUCCUUGUUCCUCUCGUUGUCGCUCUGGGAUUAACAGGAAAUAUCCUCAGCAUCAUCGUUCUUACUCAUCGUUCGAUGAGAACGUCGACAAAUUGCUAUCUCGCAACGUUAGCCAUUUUUGACAUGUUAUAUUUGCUUAUGUCUUUCUCGCUUAGUUUCAAACAUUAUGGUGAUCUGGGAGAUGCCCGUGUUUAUAAAUACUGGUUUCCUGUUGCACGCGUUCUAACGGAUAUAUGUGGAAAUGUUUCGGUCUGUCUAACAGUGACGUUCACCGUGGAACGUUAUAUAGCGGUGUGUCUCCCUAUGCGAGGUCAUGUGAUAUGUACACCCGAAAGGGCACGAAUCAUUGCACUGCUAGUUGUUCUUUUCGCUAUAGUGUCAACGUCACCGGAAUUCUUUGAAUGGGAAGUGUCAGAGAAAAUUGUGAAUAACGUCACCAUUGUUGAAGUAAUUGAUACGGAACUUGGUAAAAGUAACACUUACCAAUUGGGAUAUUACUGGUAUAUAGCUGUGAUGUUUACAUUUGUACCACUUUUCUGUAUCUGGACAUUUAAUUCAAUUCUAAUCUACACAGUAUGGAAAGCGACAAUGUUACGUCGGCGAAUGACGCAUGUGGUAUCGAAUCGGACACACGGGGAGCGUCAACAAGGUGACCAACAAAAAAUAACUCUUAUGUUGAUAAGUGUUGGUAUAGUUUUUAUAGUUUGUCAAAUUCCUUCAGCCUUUUUAAUAAUAUUCCAUACUUAUUUAAAUAAUGCGGAGAUUGUGUUGUCCAAAGCCGAACGAAACAGCAUGAAAAUCGCUGGGAAUGUGACAAAUUUACUUUUGUUACUAAACGCCGCCAUUAAUUUCAUGCUAUACUCGGUGAUGAGUACAAAGUUCCGUCGUGUGUUUCUUCGUGUUGUUUGCAGGCCUUGCUAUGGCAAGAAAAAAAAGUUUAAUUGCACAGAGUACAGCUAUGUCACAAAUCAAACGUCUACGAGACGUUGCUCACACUUUCGUACAACAUAUGACAAUCGAAUACACAAGGACGAUAAUCUUACUGCUUCACUUGGAACACUUCUUCCUCAAGGUAGAGAUAACAGGAGGAGCUGGUCCCCUGCAAGGAGUUUAGGAAAUCUUCGAUACUCUUCAGAUUCUUUGCAUUUGGAUUCGACACCAAUAAAAGGAGUUCCUAAUGGCCAUUCCAGAAGCAAAAACAGUAUGUUAGAUACAAAUAUAUAA